AAUUAUAUCAAAUAAAAUAAGUUUAAUUACAGUUCGUUCUAGACGCAAUUAAGUUUUAUAGUUGUCAACAGUAAUAAAGAUGGCGGAUUUAACGUAUGAGUAGUUGAUGUUUGCUUUGAUACGUGCAUUGACGAUUUUAUGAAAUAGUCGCAUUAACAUAUUGUGUGGUGUGUAUGUGCAUGCGUGUGCGUAUUUAUACAAAGUAAAUUUUGUUUUAUAAAAUAUGUUAAAAAUUUGUUGAAUAUGAGCGAAGGAGCGAAUUCAAUAUCGCAAAUCUGCGAGAAUUCGCUUACGACCUUGAAGGAUGAGGUCGAUCCUGAAGAACUUCCUCCAAGAAUAAUUUCGCAUGUUACUAGAAGAUCACGAUUUGGUACAGGCAAUGUUCCGCUUUCGCCUUACAUUUUAAUUGAUGGAAGAAAAUUGCGAAGUUCCUUGGCAUUAAGCAAAAAAAAGCUUCCUCGACGUGUUAGUUUUCCAACAAAUGAUAAUCAUUUGAUUACGGGAUAUUUGGAGCCGGCCAAUCCGUGGAAAUUCGCUGAAAAUGUGAAUUGUGAAGAUGUAAUCUUAGCAUACAAAGAAUCUUGUAUAAAACAUAAUUCAGAUCCUUUGGAAACUAUUAUAAAUCAACUUAAGAAUUUGGAUACAUUUCAAUUACGAAAUGAAGAAUUAGAUUUAAAAGGACAGAUAUUAGAUAUUAAUCAUGCAGAACCAUUGGAGGAAAUUUUCAAAAGAGUACAAUUUAAUAAAAUUAAUUUAGAAGCUACAUCUUUGAAUGAUGAGAGUUCUGUGAUAUUAUUUGAUAUGUUAGAAUAUUAUGAAUCUGCAAGGCAUUUGAAUAUUUCAUCUAAUCAAAGCAUUGGAAUUCAUGGUUGGCAAGCAUGUGCAAAUAUGAUAAAAAAGACUCAAUGUUUAGAACAUUUUGAAGCUAAGGAUGUAAUUCUUAAUGAACAAUACAUAAAUAUCUUGAGCCGUGCAUUACGAUUAAUCUGCCAUUUACAUGUGCUUAAAUUAGAAAAUUGUGGACUCACAGGAAGAUCUAUUGUCACACUAGACUUUUUAAUAGUUGCAGCAUUAAAAAUGAAUACAGGAAUAAGAGAACUUUAUUUAGCUGAUAAUGGGCUGAAUUUAUAUGAUGCAAUACAACUUGGUUCUCUUCUAAGAUUAAAUAAUCACAUACAACUACUUGAUAUUAGUAAUAAUGUCAUACAAGAUGAUGGUGUACGUGAUAUCUUAGAAGGUCUCAUCAAUCAAAUAAAUGAAGACAAAGAUGGUAAAGGUUUAAAUAUAUUAGUAUUAUGGAAUAAUCAACUGACAAAAAAAUCGUCUCCCUAUUUCGCACGUAUUAUAACAUUGUGUAAAACGUUGGAAACAUUGAACAUCGGAAAAAACAUUUUAACUGACGAAUUUUUAUUUGUUAUAAAGGAUGCAUUGAAAAAAAAUCGUGUUUUGUUACAAUUAGGAAUACAAUCAACUGAACUCACAUGUGAUGGUAUUGUUACAUUAUCUGAAAUUAUUGAAAUAAAUCAAGUUUUACAAAGGAUAGAUUUACGAAAUAAUAGCAUACAAGUGACUGGAAUGAAAGCUCUUAGUUUUGCUAUGAAAAAAAAUAAAAAUAUUACUAAAAUAGAUUUGGACGAUAAACUCGACAUAAAAGUAGAUGACCAGACCUUGCAUCAAUACACGCAGCUUGUAGCUGAUAUUCGAAGCUGUUGUUUGGAAAACAAACAAAAUCAUAUAUUAGAAGAAAAUAGCGAAGGUUUUGAAAAUUCAUAUCAUAGCAGAUUCUUUAGUACAACCUCCCGUAAAAUUUCGCUUACUUGUCAAACAUUACCAUGUUCUUUAUCAUCCAUGAUUUCAAUACAAAAAGAUGAAUCUGAACAAUCAAUGCUCGAACCGAAACGUAUUAAUGGAGGUCGUCUUCGUUCUCCAGCCCCUAGUCCUGUCUCUUCACCUAUAGCCAGUCCAAUAUUAAGUCCUUCACGAAGUCGAUUUGUAGUGUCUCGAGUACCAGAGACGUUACGUUCUACAGAUUCCUCAGUAUCUUCGUCAUCAAUUGUUUUUUCAUCCCUUGGAUCAUCACCUACCUGUAUCACUUCUGCAAGUGGGUCAUCUAGAUUUCGCGUUUCAGUUGUUGAAUCAGCAAAUAUCUUAUGUUUAUCGAAACCUAUUAUUACUACUACUGAAACUGAUAUCACGGUCGAUUUAAAUUCGAAAGUUAAUAUUGCAGAAUCAAUUGAUUCAGAUGAUUCAGAUAAUGUAUUUGCAUCUGAAUUAGGAAUGAAUAAUAAUAAUCAAACUACUGAAAUUUUGCAAAAUACUUCGAACAAUUUUUCUGAUCUAGCUUUAAAUGUAGUAGAAGAAACGUGUACAUCAACAGUACCUGGAUAUCCUAAUAUAAAAGAAUCAAAUACAAGUAAAUCUUUCCUUAAUACAACAAUUAAAACUCAAUCUAAUGAUAAUAUAAGUUCUGUAACUUUAGAAUGCAAAGAAGAUGGUAAUGUGUCAGACAAUCAAAUUAUUUUGAACCAAUUGGAAGAUAUUUUGACGACAAAAAAUAUUGAGAAUAUAGAAAAUUAUUAUAAAAAAGAUGCAAAAGAUAUAAAAAUUACAUCUAAAGAUAGAAAUGAUAAAAAUUCUCCUUAUACUACAAUAAUUACUAACAAAGAUGAUACAACAAAUACUUGUACAAAUGAAAACAUAGAAUUACAAUCACAAACAAAUCACGAUCCAAUACAAAAAAGUACUUCUAAUUUAGGAAAAUUACUUUCGCUAUUUCAACAUUCUAGUUGUUUUUUUUCUGAUUCCACUAACAUUAAUCAAUUAAAAAGUAAAAGUACAUUUCAAGGUAGCAUAAACAGCAUGAUGACUCUUGGUGAUAAAUUCCAUUAUUACAUAAAAGAUAAAAAAGAUAGGAUUUACAAUCGUGAAACAGAAGAGUCGUCGGUAUCACUAAAAAAUAAAUCAAAAUUUUUUAAUGUUUCUCAAUUGCCAAGUUUACAAAGUUUAGCAAACAUGAUUCCAUCAUUUAAAUUUGAAGAUAAUACUCCUGGACAGAGUAAUAAAUCUUAUUCUAAAGAAGUAAAUCUUUUACUUAAGAAAGAUUGUGAAACUGAUUCGACAGGUACAGAAAAAACUAAUUGCAAUAGUGAAAACUUAAAUAUCUAUUUGAAAAGGCAGAAAUCUAUUUCUACUUUAGAUAAUCAAUUAUUAUCUGAAAAUAUACAAUCAAAAUUUCCAUUUGGUGUUACUAACAAAGAUAUAGUAUUAACUGCAAAUUAUAUUGUUUCAAAUAUAAUUGAUAUUUGUUCUAAAAUUGUGAAUAAUAAUUUAUUAAUGCAUGUUUCAAAUAGUAACUCAAUUGUACCUGUACCUAAAUUAAUAGGUAUACCUGAAUACUCUGUUUUAAAAGCAGUUACAAAUGAUGUACAGAAAAAAAAUAUAGCGGAAGUACUAGAUAAAGUAGAUCCUAUAGAAAAAACAAAUAAUGAAAUUUUAACAAACAGUAUUAAUUUUACUAGUGAUAACAAUUCUUUGUCAUGUAGUAUAAUGUAUGAUAUAAGCAAUGAUAUGCAUACUGUAGAUACGUCUGACAGAAUGCACAAUUUAGUAAUAAAUUUAAGUACAAAAAAUAAUAUUGAAAAUAAUUCUGUUUUUAAUGUAAAUAGUACAGAAAAUAAUACGGCAUGUCUUGUAUGUAAUCAAAAAUGUGUCUGUAAUGUAAGUAAUAAAUCAAUUGAAUGUUAUAAUACGUUGAAGAUAAAUGUAGAAACAAAUUGUCUAAAUAAUGAAGUUACCAGAAUGUAUAGUAUUGACAGUAAUAAUGAUAAAAAUGUUUUUAUAAAUGUUCAUAAUAUCUCAACAAAUAAUGAAAUAGAAAAAAUAAAUGUAUGUUAUGUAAAUAAUAAUACAAAUUGGAAAAAUACAGUUGUAAAUAACAUACAAGAAGCAAAGAUAUCAAAAAUAAAUUAUAUGUACAAAGAUACUAAUUUUGAAUCUAGCAAUGAUAAUACAAAUUUAUGUACUUCAAUAAUUUAUAGAGAUUUAAGUACACCAAUAAAACGAAAAGUGAUAAAACCAUUUGUUAUAGAAAAUAACAAAUACUUUAAAAUAACUAAUAUAUAUCAAACAAAAACUAAUAAUGUGAAAAAUACUAUGAAUAAUAUGUUCAAAAAUAUGAAUAUCGUUAUGUCUAUACCAAGAAUGUAUUCUUAUAUGACAAACUUCAAUAUGUUAAUUCUUAGAAAUUUUAUACAUUAUGUAGCAGAUUCAUCUAUUGAUAAAACUUUGAUUAAAAAUCUUUUAUUAGAUCUCACAACUAAUAAUUGGCCAGACAAUAUUAUUAAAGUAAAAACUUUAUUUUGUGAUUUAUCUCAGAUAUCUCAAUUAUCAAUGAAUGCUAUAACUGAAAAAUCAGAUAAUGAAAUAUUGAAAAUUGAAAAAAAUAUUUCACCGAAAUAUUAUUCAAAAAAAAAAGUGAAUUUUUACAAGAAACAAAAAUUUAAAAAAAAUAAGGUUUUUGAAAUUGUUUCUGAAUAUUCUUCAAUACCUGUAAUAGCUGAUUCUAUUGUUUCAAAAGGAAAUGUGUCUUAUUUAAGAGGAAACAUUAAUAUAAGCAGUAAUUUAUCAGAAAAUAUUCAUAUGUUCAGUAAUUUUGGAUCAAAUAUUGCUCAACAUUUAAAAUGCACAAAUUCAGAUGAAAUAAGUGAUACAACUCAUCAAUAUUUAAAUGCAAUUAAAUGUGCAGCUAUAGCCACAACUAUGUGUUCAACAGCUGCAGUGAACACAAGGGGUAAUACAACAGUUGAUAUUAUUUCUGAUCAAAGUACUAAUAUUGCUGAGACCUCAUCAAUAAUUCAUGCAACCAGCACAAAAUAAAAUAAAUGAUAUAGAAGAAGAAGAAGAAAAAGAAGAACAACAAUUACAAGUUAUUGAAAAUGAAGAUUCAGAAAUAAAAAAUAGAAGAUAUGCUGAAGAAAAUAAUAAUUUUUAUGAUUUUGAUGAUGAUGAAAUUGAUGAGUUUGAAGAAUUGAAAAUGCAUCUAGAACCAAAGUAUCAGCGAUAUGCUAAAUGGAGGAUCUAAAAUUAUGUGUUUUUUGACUGCUUAAAUAGUGCGUAAUGAUUUUGUAAAAAUACAUAUUCAACUCAUAGAAUCGUACUAAGAAUUUUACAUUGUACAAAUGAAAAAAUAUAGAUAAAUCUUAUAAAUAUUAUUGUAUAUAUAUUUAGAGAGAGAGAGAAUUUGUAGUAUUUUAUACAUUAGUUUUGCUCAGCUUUAGUUUAAAUUGAUGAAUAGAAAAAAAAUGAAGAAAAUAUGGAUCCUCAUAUACAUAUACGUGUAUUAGGAAUAAUCUUAGUACAUGUUUAAUUCUAGUCUAGAAAACAGUUAAUCUAUAAUAGCAUGAAU